CACCUGCGCCACCUUAUAUUUUGCAACCUUCCAACAUCAGCUGUUUUUGUUGUUUGGGGAAGAAUGGACAAAAAGUUGCAGGGAUUUCAACUGGUGGCCCAGGAAAAGCUUUGCUCUAUUCUUUGCUCCAUACCUGGAAAAAAGGAGUUGAUUUUGGAGCCAGCUUUGAUAAAGCCACUGGAACAUGUUUUCACUGCCUCCUGGUUAAAGCUAAAGGGUAUUCAAAGAAUAUACAAACAUGAUGCGGAGCAGUCUUUGCCCCGAUCUUCAGAUCAGGUGCACAUUUAUAUGAUCCGCAGUGUGCUAGCAACAUUUCAGACCUUACUCAAACAACUGCAACCUGUGGCUUUGGAGGAGACGACGGACAUAUCCUUGAAAAUGUAUCACAUAAUUUGUGUACCCAGUUGCUAUUCCUACUUCCAAACCCUCCUCGAACAAGCCGGUCUUUGGGGACUGGUGCAACUGCAUCACUUUAACUGGGAUUUCAUCUAUUUCGACCAAGGAGUUCUUAGCCUGGAGCUGCCUAAUCUCUACGAGUGCCUCUACCUCCAGGGGAACACUUCUCCUUUGCCUGCGGUGGCCCAAAGCCUGCGAUUGCUUCAGAUGAUUUGCGGAGAAGCCGCUUUGGUCAUGAGCUACGGCAACCACUCAGCCCAGCUACUGCAAAUGUUAAAGGCCCUGGGCAAACUCCCGGAACCCACGAAUCCUCCGGAAUACGGCGGUUGGCUGAUCAUCGAUCGGGAUAAGGAUUACCCUGCCAGUUUGCUAACGCCUGCCAUUUAUGCUGGCCUCCUUUUGGAGGUUUUCGACCAGCGUUCCGGCGAAAUUGUGGUGGACAAGUUGAAGAACAAGAUCAGCAGCCAGCGGGUGGAGCUGCUGCAGGGAAAGAAACCCAAAGAGGGAAUUAACCCAGCCAGUAAACCCUGCUCCAUUCGCCUUAACUCAGCCUCCGAUGAAAUUUAUGGGGAUAAUCGCUACAAGCGUUUUGCCCAGGUCAGCAGUUUGAUUCACGCACAAGUUAAAGCCCUGGGCUUGGAGCUCCAGAAACUGAAUGACAUGCAACUGGAGGAGAUGCACGACUAUGUGGCCAGGAAGCUGCCCAAACUCACGGAGCUGAAAAGCAAGGUCCUACGGCAUCUGAAUGCCAGUGAGAUUGUCAUCCAAAUGAUGGGUAAUUUUAGAAGGCUGCAAACCCUUGAGGAGGACAUAUUGAACAAUGUGUCCAGGAAACGAUUGCUGAGUGAGAUUGACGAGCUGAUGACCACCGAUGGUCAGAGAUAUAAUACCCUACGAUUGAUGUGCCUUCUGCAUCAUUGUGCUGGUGUGGCGCCCGAGGAGCUGCAAAUCUUUGCGAGAAACUACUGCAAUCUAUUUGGCCACCAGGAGUUGGGCGUUUUCCAGCAGUUGUCGCAGGCGGGAUUACUUCCACCACUUGUGGCCGAAAAGAAGGCGCCAGCCAAGUUGCUUUCCAAUCUCCCGCUGCCCAAAUUCCAGCAAACAGAGUUUCAAGCCAAUGCUAAUCGGCUAAAGCUUCUAACCUCCUGCGGAGAUGGUCAGGAUGGUGGUUCCUCCUCAAAGAACCAAGCUGGUGGCGUGCAAUCCUGCCCCAGUUUCGUGUUCAAUGGCACCUACAUCCCUUUAAUAGCGCAGCUCUGCUCGAUUUUGUUGAAAACCAAUAGUGCUGAGGAGUUAUCCUCGAAGCUGGCCAUGAUUGAGGGCUUGCACCUGCAUCAGGAUGGUGGAAAAAUCACGCCCAAGGCCUAUGCUAACCAACUUAAGGUUAAUGGAGGCGCAGAUCAGGAUGUGUUUCCAUUACGCCUGAGGAAUCUCUUUGUUUUUGUUGUGGGAGGGGCCAGUUAUGCAGAAAUCGCCGCCUGCGAUUUUGUGGCCAAGCUCACGGGCGCCCAGAUAACCGUGGCAUCUGACUCUCUAAUGGCAGGCAGCGAUCUGAUCGCAACCGCCUUCACCCACUGACCACGAAUUUUUUAAGAAUCUGUGUAUAAAAUGCUUUAUAUAUUUUUAUAUAAAACAAAAGUUUAAGAGUGUGAUUAAUAAAUUUUAAAAUUUUAUGAC